AUGGGAUGUAUUAAUGCCAGUGGGCAUUAAAAAAGGAAGAAAGAUUUGGACAUUAAUAAUGUUCCUAUCCUGUUGAAUAAUAUAAAAUCAGCAAAUAUUGAAAAAAUUCAGGACAAUUGGUUAGAAAUGAAAAAUAACUCUAUCCUAGUCAGACGAGUUCAGCAAAGCAAAUUAUCGCUGAGGGUCGCUACUAAUUCAAAAUCUCCCCUGUCUUGCUAAAGUAGGAAUUGA